GUGGCUGCACCGCCAUGGCACCCCCAUUCCCCCCGCCACCCUCACCACGCUGUGGUCCCUCUCCGUGGCUAUCUUCUCCAUCGGGGGCAUGCUGUCUUCCUUCAGCGUGGGCGUGGUCUCAGAGUGGCUCGGCAGGAAGAAAGCCAUGUUGAUAAAUAACCUCUUGGCUUUCAUUGGUGGAGCACUGAUGGGCAUGUCCAAGCUGGGCCAAUCAUACGAGAUGAUGAUCCUGGGACGCUUUUUCAUUGGCGCAUACUCAGGUCUGGCCUCCGGCUUGGUGCCGAUGUAUGUAGGGGAGAUUUCUCCGACCAGUUUGAGAGGGGCGCUGGGAACGCUGCACCAGUUAGCCCUUGUGACGGGAAUACUGGUGGCGCAGAUCUUUGGGCUGGAGGGGAUUCUGGGUACAGAGGAGCUGUGGCCGGUCCUCGUCGGGCUGACAGUUCUCCCCACCGUCCUGCAGAUGGUGCUGCUUCCGUUCUGCCCCGAGAGUCCACGCUAUCUCUACAUCAUCCGCGGAGAGGAGCAGCACGCCAAGAGAUGUCUGAAGAGGUUGACCGGCAGGCAGGAUGUCAGCGAGUUCCUGUUGGAGAUGAAGGAAGAGAAGAGGAGGAUGGAGAUGGAGCGCAAGGUGUCCGUCACUGAGCUCUUCCGCUCCCCCGCCUACAGGCAGCCUGUGAUCAUAGCUGUGGUGCUGCAGCUCUCCCAGCAGCUCUCCGGGGUCAACGCUAUCUUUUACUAUUCUACAAGUAUCUUUGAGAAGGCAGGGGUGGAGAGUCCAGUCUACGCUACAAUCGGGGCAGGGGCGGUCAAUACAGCGUUCACAGUGGUGUCGCUGUUCCUGGUGGAGAGGACGGGCCGCCGGACGCUACACAUGCUGGGACUGGCUGGAAUGGCAGCCUGUGCCGUCGUCAUGACCGUCGCCCUCGCCCUAUUGGAGCGCGUCCCAUGGAUGAGCUACGUCAGCAUGCUGGCGAUCUUCGGCUUCGUGGCGUUCUUCGAGGUGGGCCCCGGCCCGAUCCCGUGGUUCAUCGUGGCAGAGCUGUUCAGCCAGGGCCCCAGACCAGCGGCCAUGUCCGUCGCCGGCCUUUCCAACUGGACUGCAAACUUUGUCAUCGGCAUGGGCUUCCAGUACAUCGCAGAGGCUUGUGGUCCUUACGUCUUCCUCAUCUUCGCAGCUCUGCUCUUCUUCUUCCUCACCUUCACCUACUUCAAGGUUCCGGAGACGCGCGGCAAAACCUUCGACCAGAUCUCGUCAGGAUUCCGUUGCCGGCCAGCCUCCCUCCUCGACAUGGAGGAGAAACCCAGCACUGAGAUGGAGUGCUUGGGAGAGGGGAGCCUGUCAUAGAGACACACCGCCUCCCUCCCUCUCUCUCUCUCUGUCUGCUCUUCCAACACUUAGACGGAGUGCCUGGGAGAGGGGAGCCUGUCAUAGAGACACACCGCCUCCCUCCCUCUCUCUCUCUCUGUCUGUCUGCUCCUCCAACACUGAGACGGAGUGCCUGGGAGAGGGGAGCCUGUCAUAGAGACACACCGCCUCCCUCUCUCUCUGCUCCCCAAGCACUGAGAUGGAGUGCCUGGGACAGGGGAGGCUGUCAUAGGUGCUGAGAAACACCGCCUCCCUCCCCUCCCCUUCCCCUCUACAGAGUCUCAACUCAUCUAAAUUUAAAAAAAACAUUUUUAAUUUCCUGACAUUUCUGCGAGUCAUAGAGAUGGUGGCAGGUUUUGGAAGAGAGAGACAGAGAGAGAAAUGGUAUCCAGCACUUUAAAAAGUCCCCACAAGCCAAAAAGCUACUGCUGUCUGCCGGGUGUGUGUGUGUGUGUGUGUGUGUGUGUGUGUGUGUUAGCGUGUGUGUUAAAACUGUGCUGUGGUCCCUCAAAGCCGUGCCCAGGGGGGCAGAACAUGUGCCCUAAUCUGUGCCACAUCUAUAACCAUUACCUGCAGCUACGGACACAAACGUUUUGCACCCCCCCCCCCUAGAAUUUUAAGACUGAGACAUCAUUAAAAAAGUUGCCAGGAUCUUUCAUUGUCCCGGGAAGGUAUAUUGAAAUCGCGGGACAUAUUCCUAAAAACAGGGACAGGUGGGAACCCCCAGUCACAUCAGGUACCAAACGAGCUGCUUCUGAAUCUGCAAGCAGCAUCUCACACCUAGCAAGGGUACUUUAUAGAUACUUGUUUUGUUCGUUGUGCUUAGAGAGAUACAGGAGUCAAUAAAACUGAAUACAAGGAGUCUUCGGGUGUGCCCGUGCCAGAAAUCGAUUUUUAAAACAGAAAAUGUUAUUAUAUAUAUAUUUUUAAAAAGGUAGUAUUUUUUGAAAGGAUUAAUAUUGUAUUUAUUAGUUUAAUAGUCAGUUAUCACUGUUUCUGCAUUCAGCACAGACUAACUGGUGCAGUUCCACCUCAUAGCCACCAGAGGUCACCAAAGCGACACAACCACCCCUUCAGAGGGAAGAGUUAGCAGUAGAUGCCUGCUGCCCCCCCCCCCCCCCCCCCCCCCCC